UGCGGGUCUUGACGUCAUUUUCAUGCGACGGCCAUUAGUCAAGUGAGAUGAGCCGACAACUAGCGUUAGCCUUACGGUCUCUACAGCGGUAGCGAUUAGCGGCAUUGAAAACCAAAUUACUCCCGUCAGGAAAGCCAUUUGCUCCCACCAAGACGCGACGCUUCCCCGUCAAAAGACAGACGCCGCGAUUGAGGAGAAGGGAUCGUCCGAGUCGCAUAUCACUCCCGACUCCUUUGAGCCAAGCGGCGUUUUUUUCAGCAGCACCCCCGCGCGGACGGAUGCUAAGUUAGCCGGGUUCGCUAACGUGGUCGCCCUCUGCCGUGCCAGUGUGCUCCACACUGGGUCGGAAAGACACGAAAGCAGGGCAUCGAACUACCGGAGGCUCCGGCUUUUCCACCUGAGACCCGUGUGGAUACUUCGCAGGGGUUACACCGCCGCGAGGAUUUACAGGAGAGCCACGCCGUCCUCGCGCUUGUGAGGCGGCACCGCGGCACCGUGACCCUCUAAUGACCUCAGAGACAGAAACGACGACGGCAGCACUGACGGUGCUUUUGUCCACAGUAGGGAUCCGCGUGCCCGAGCCGGCAUCCGGUCCCGAGAUCAGAGCUUGUGCCCUGAGCAAAUACAAGCAGAGGGAACUCAUGUCAAGACCUUCUCCUCCUCAGACAGCUUAGCGAAGGUGCAGGAGGUAGCAAGCUGGCUUUUGGAAAUGAACCAGGAUCUGCUGUCGGGGGGCAGCAGCAGCAGGCGGAGUCGGGGGUCCGGGGGGCCGGCGGCGAGAGGUAACGCCUCCUCCUCCGCCGCCCGGGCACCCCAGCAGCCGGCCGAGGAGGCUGACGAGGAUGAGCACAUGAACCGGGUCCUCGAGGAUGAGGAGCAGCCACAGCAACUCCCUGAGGCCUCGCAGGUGGACGUGGACAGAGGACCACCAUGGGCACCCGACGAGCCUGUGCCGAGCAACGGUCCCAGGGGGGACAAUGGGGGAGGCGAGGAAGCUCCCCCCAGCAAGGUGAACCGGGCCGAGAAAGGACCCCGCUGGACGUGGAGGGCUGCGCAGAGGGAGCGGACGCAGGAGGACGAGGAGGAGGAGGAGGAAGAAGAGGAGGAGGAGGAGGAAGAGGAGGAGACCAACAACAACAGCAGCAGUCACCAGGAAGAAGAGGAAGAGGAGAGGACAGAGGGAGGGCAGGAACAGAGGAGGACGAGGGACGAGGAAGAGGGGGAUGAUGAGGAGGAGAUGGACCAGGACAGCGAUGACUUUGAGCACUCGGCAGAGAGUGGGCGCGAAGAGGAAGAGGAGGAUGAGGAAGCAGAGGAAGGGUUGAUGUCUCCCUCCAUCAGGAACAAUGUGACAGUCGCCAGCAACAACGUGGACUCCCACCAAAGCUCCUCCAACAAGAAGAUCCUCCCGGCUAGAAGCUUGGGUAAAUAUUCUGGAGAGUACUGAGAGUGCACUCACAGUAGCAAACACUGCAUUAAUAAGCGAGUUUGAAGGAGUCCUUCGCACAUAAAAAAAUGAAGCUGCCAACAUCCUUGGAUGACUCACCACAAGGUCGUUGUUGAAGAUCAAUCAAAGGAAAUAGUUGAAAAGUUUCACUUGAGGAGGAAAAAUAAUCUUCACAGAUGCGCCGACCAACACAACAAUAUAUGUCAUAAUAAAAGUAUUCUGAUUUAAUUUGAGAGCGCCAUCUCAGAGUAAAGUAACCUCUCUACCCAAGAGCAGCCUCGUUAUCCACUUGGAGGUUGACUUUUAGCAUAAUGACCAAUGAAAACAUUAAUUUUACAAAACUGUUAUUGCAACAAGUAUACCCCCAGCUAUGUGCUUAAAAAAAACCCUCCAACUCGUCCUUUUUGUCCUCAUCUUGAAAGUCCUUAAGAUGCUGCCAAAGGUCUCAAAAAUGUGAACUGUGCUGCUACUACUUUUUCUAUAUGCCAAA